AUGGCCAUGGUACCUCCAUUACCCUUCCACCUGGAUACCUAUCAGGGAUGGUGCCCUUCGGAGACCAAUCCCAAGAUCGCAAAGGUGCCCAAUGACAUUUCGGCCGCCGACAUGUGGACUCGCUUUGUCAGUAAGCGUCGUCCCGUCAUCAUCGACGGCUUGCUCAGGGACUCGGAUUGGAAGGCGAACAAGUGGACUGAUCUCGAGUAUCUCAGGUCCGCUGCCGGUCAGGUUCCGGUCAAGAUCGAGCCCCUUCAUCCGCACGCAGGUCAUUUCGGCACCUCAGUCAAACGCAUAAAGCUCACCUUCUCAGAGUUCCUCGACAUUCUCAAGGACCCUUCCAGUUCAGGCAAGUGCUACUUGACCACACAGUACCUCGAAGAAAGCGAGCAAGAGCAUGCUUCCCAAUCCUCUUCUCACAAAUCUUCCACAUCACAUACCGACUCCGACUCGGACGAUGAUAGUGACAGCGAGCCUGAGCUUGACAACGUCUUACCUGCACCAACAAACGCCCUAUCUAGCGACUUCCCUGCCAAACCAGAGCUCUUGGGCCAUCUCGUCCUCCAACAGUGCAACCUCUGGCUAGGCAACAGCAAAGAGGGCAAAAGCUCGGGCCUGCAUCACGACUUUCAUGACAAUUUGUACAUCCUCCUCUCCGGCUACAAACGUUUCCUCCUCUUUCCACCCUCGGCACAUCGCUACUUGCAUCCUCGUGGCUUCAUCGACAGAGUACACGCCAAUGGUCUCAUCGUCUACGCGCCGCCUGGCCAACUCCCCUGCUACAUGCCUGGUCGCAAGCAACAGCUCCCCAUCCGUCCAGAUGGUCUCGUCCCUUCAGAUGCUGCAAGAUGGCGUAGAAAGGCUCGUCUUCGCAUCAAACGCGAGAUCGACGAACGCGCUGCCGCAGAUGCUGGCGAAGGCUCGCGCGACAAGAGUCAGCGCAAGGGGAAAGCAAAACAAACAAGGGCACAAGAACUUGCUGAAGAGGCUCUUCUCCAAGCUGAAGCAGAGCUUCGAAUUUGUCGAAUGGACGAAAAAGGUAUCGAUCCCGAAGCCGACACAUCAGAUGAAGAAGACGACUACGAUCUCGAGACAAACGCCAGUCUCAACAAUCUUCUCAGUACGCUAGUCGCUUCCAAUGGUGCUCAAUUUGGCGACAUUUCAGACGAGCAAGUAGACGGUAGCAACGAAGGUGAAGACGAUCAAGAAGACCAUGACAAUGACAAUGACAAUGACAAUGCCGAUGACGAUGACGACGACAAUCAGGCGCGCUUGCUCUUGGCCUCUCUCCCAGCCACUAUGAGGCCGCUGGCACUAGCAGCCCUUGCCGGAGAUCCAGCUUCUACCGCCAAGCUCAAAGCAUACUUGGAGAGCAUCGCAACGUCGGAUCCUUUCGACGUGCAAGAAGAUUCCGAUCCAGAGCAAUAUUUACAUCACCAGCCUGACGCUCAGCCCCAAGUCGGGCCCAGUGAAUCUGAGACCGAGGACGAGGAUGAAGAAGCAUCUGAGGAUGAUGAUCAGAACACCGAAGAACUCAUGGCAACGAGGUUCGUACCUUCGAAUGGCGUCACACGCAAGCGCAAGGAGCUUUCCAAUUCGGAAGCCGAGACAGGCCUUUCAGAAGAGGAAACAGACGAGAGCGAGUCCGAGACUGCAAGAUCCGAUGCUUCCCGAGGGCCUGUCAAACGCGUCAAGAUUGCAUCAGGCGCCGAUAGCAUCGACUUGAACCAUUCCGAAGCAUCGCCAGAGCAAUCCGAGGAUGAUUGCCAGCUUUUCGACAGUCAGGCAGACGAGCAAGACUCGAGCGAAGAAGACGACCAGUCUGGACUCCCAGCCUUUGCAGGCGCUGACUCUGGCUCAGAAUUUGGAGACGUAGACGAAGGGGAAGCUGAGCUCCAACGCCUCAUGGUCAUCGCUCAGGGACAAGAUCCUGACGCCGAGUCUGAGUCGCCAGAUGACGAAAGGGAGCCUCCCAGCUUUUCACGCAUCCCACCUCAUGUGUUGCAUCGCUGCCUCAAUGUGCCUGAUGACCCCUCGCGACCUGUGCCGAAAGCCACAAACGGUUCCUCGGGCAAGCAAAAAGCCAACGGUCUUGCUUCCGAGCCAUACAAGCUCAUGCCCGGGUGCCCACCACCCAUCGAGGUGUUCUUGAAGCCAGGACAGAUGCUUUACCUCCCCGCAAGUUGGUAUCAUGAGGUCACCUCUUCGUCUUUGCCACCGCUUCAUGAUCAAGAGGAGUCUAGGGACAAAAACAACUCAUCCAGCGAGGUUCACAUGGCUCUCAACUACUGGUUUCAUCCUCCGGAUGCUCUCGAGUUCGAGCCUGUCGAGCCAAGGCAGGCUUCUCGCACAUCCAACGAGAUCACUGUGCCCGGCUUCGGCGUUGCUCUCGGCGACAGCGCCUUGGAGAACCGGGGCGACGGCACAGGAACUCACCAGCGGCCAUAUCGCGACGCCGAGGUGUGGGACGAGGUGGCUCGUGCCGUAGAGGAUCAGAUCAAGUUAGCCAAGCAGUCUGCCUGCAAGUGA